AUGGAGUUCGUUGAAGGAAGCAGAGGCAUCUACAAACCCAUCAGGGUGUUGUUCGACACGCCCAUAUAUGAGCGGGCUUUGCAGCUCUGCUGGCAUGUGAAGUCUUACAAGUCCAAGAUUGCAUUGGUGAUUGAACUUUUGAGGCUUCAGCGGGAAAAUAGGAUCCCAUCUAAGGUGACUUUGGAAGAUAUGACAGACCUGUUGGUAGAGCAAAGCAAAGAUACAAUAAGAGUGCAGCUCUGGGAGUUUGAAUUGGAGGACUUUGAUGAGGAAGAGGCCAAGCCUCUUCUCACGCUGGUGUGGGAGGUAAACAACAGCAUGAAAAUGAGAGACAUUGAGUUUGAAGCCACAAGGCUACUCAAGUCACCAGAAGACAUCCCUCCUUGUUUUCAACAUCCAAAGCUUGUUAAUUUGGCUCAAGAGUACGGCAGGAGCCUGACAGAGCAGCUGCAGUCGGCCCCCAGGUCCAAACUGCUCAGCCCAGGAGAUGUGGUGGUGGAGGUCGUUCCAAAAGUCCUGCAGGGCUUCUGGUUACCUCCUCCAAGCACCUUCCUCGACAUGCCCUCCCAGCAGCUCAGUGAAAUGGCUGUUAGUGUCACAAAGUUUGUUUUGGACCGGGUCUCCACUGCUUUGUCCACUGUGCACCAUCGGGUCAACUUCUUCCGCUCCAUCAGAGACAGCAUGGUCCUGUCUAUCCAGGAAACGGUUAGGCAGAUGUACCCUCAAGAUGUCCUGAGGAGAAGGCUUAACUGCUUUGCAGCACAAGUGCUGAACACUAUUGUUGAUGCUGCAGUGAAAGAGGUCCUUCUGCUGUUUCAGCCUCAGACCGAUACCCAUGUGGCUGCAAAUACAAGCACCAAAAACAAUUGCACCCAGCACACCCAGGCUGGAGAUUUGAAUGAGGAACCUGGUCUGGAGGAAGAUGGAGAACCAAUCCAAGAUCCAGAAUCAUCUGUUUUGUAUUCUCCACCCAGUCCUCUGACUCCCAAUGCUGAACCUGCUGCCAAUAUUUUCUUGGAUGUAACAGUAUCAUCUGCCUCUAUGCCCCGCCUAGAAGCCUGCUCUGCUGUGGUUCCAGCUCUGCCAUCUUCUGUUCCCCCUACUGAUGAACCUCUUGCCAUCACUGUCAUUCAGGAUGGUUUGACAAUCAGCCAGAUUGAACCAGCGGAGCAGUUGACCCCAGAGACAGACUUUGCCGAGGUGUCAUCACCACCACUUCCUCUGACCCCUGCCACUGAACAUCCAGUCACGACAUCAGUCCUGGAUAGUAACAAUAUGAAUGAAAGGACCACCAGAAAACCUGACUCUUCUGCUGAACCCACAGUGACUACAUCAGCCCUUAAUAGUGAGGACUUGAGCGAGCAGAUCACCACAGAACCAGACUCUGUUGUGGCUUCAGCUCCAACACCUACCGUGACCCCUGCUGAGGAACCUCCUACCAUCACUGUUGUCCAGGAUGGUUUGACAACCAGCCAGAUUGAACCAGCGGAGCAGUUGACCCCAGAGACAGACUUUGCCGAGGUGUCAUCACCACCACUUCCUCUGACCCCUGCCACUGAACAUCCAGUCACGACAUCAGUCCUGGAUAGUAACCAUAUGAAUGAAAGGACCACCAGAAAACCUGACUCUUCUGUCUUGUCUCUGACUAGUUCUAAAUCUUCUGCAAACAUUGACUUGGAUGAAACAGAGGAUUCUUCCUGUGUGCCCAGCCUAAAAACUCCUGUGGCUACAGCUCAUCCACCACCUCUGACUCCUACCAUCACUGUUGUACACGAUGGUUUGAGAAUCAGCCAGAUUGAACCAGCUGAGCAGCCUGCACCAAAGGCCGACUUUGCUAAGGGGACAUCUCCACCACUUCCCAUGACUCCCCCUGCUGAACCCCCAGUCAUGACUUUAGUCCUGAAUGGUGAGGAUGUGAUCAAGGAGCUCAGCAGAGAACCAGACUCAGCUGUGACUGCGACUCUACAGGCUCUUCCAAUCAACCAUGAUGCAGCGCAGGAUGACCUUACAAUCAGCCAGGUUAAGGUUGAAAAGAAGAGUGGAGUCCAGCGCUUCUUCAGUUGGUUCAGGAAAACACUAUGCUGCUGUUGCCUGCCUGAAGACGCAGACUGAGGGCCAGAUGUACUAACGCUUUUGCACCCACUUCAGGCGUAUUUGUUUCGUAACGUGUGUGUAAAAGCAUGGCGAUGUACAAACAGGCCGCACUGAGGUAAAAGCGUAUGGCGUUAUAUAUGUGCCUCAUUCCUGAGCAGGUAAUUGUAUGUUUUGAGCACAGAGAACUAUAUUCUGUAAGCACAUUAUAUUACAUUUUGAACAGAAAUUAACACUUGCAAAAAAUAACUUUGUUUGAGCAAACAAUAACCUAUUCGGUGCUACUCUGUGUGUAAGGUGUAGAAAAUGUAACAACUUUUUUUUAUUUCAUAUAGUAAUAUUUAUAGUAUAUAUAAAACAGUAUUAUUAAAAAACUUAAUAAUCGGUAACGUCACAGCACCGGACGCUUUACCACAUUAAUUUUGUUGAAAACUUUGAAAUGUAAAAAAAAGGUAAGUAUUUUUUUUAAUUUUAUAUAGUAACAUAUAAAGUAUAUAUUGAAUGUCUUUUAUUUAUAAUAUCAAUGAUUCAGUGGUGUGUGUUUUUAAAUGUUGUUUUACUUCACGCCAUCGGGCACGUAGCAAUCAGACAUAAAGACUUACACCUGGGAGCCAGAGUGGGAACUGACUGUUUUUUUAGAUAAAAAGGACAGAAUAGCAACGAGGAACAGGCAGCUGCAGACACGACAGGCAGAGGAACAGACGGAGAGACAGAGGAACAGACGGAGAGGCAGAGGAACAGACGGAGAGG